AAUGCUGAUCUAGAAUCAGCUACAAAGGAGGAAAACUGCGUACGGAGACGAAUCGACAGGAAGAAAUACGACUCGUGCAGUUAGUCCAGCUAGCGAAAUUAUUAUCUUUAUAAAUCGUAACGAUUUAACAAUUAACAAUUUGAAAAGUGUUCUAGCUACGUAUCUAAUUUGCACAGAAAUAUACACAGACAAUGUCUGGAGGUAGUAAGAAAGGUAGUGUUAUUUUUUCUGGAUUCAGGGCUCUUGGACUUUAUUCUAACCAUCUUUCACACGUGGUACGAUACCAUAAGAAACAUCAGGAGUUCUACGUUGUAACAGCAGUGGGGAAAUGCUUCCAUACAUAUAAUGUCAAGAAGCUUGGGAUCGUGGCUGUCAGCAAUGCACUUCCUGAAGACAUUGCUUACUUGGCUGCAGAUCGAAUGUUGGUCUUUGUUGCACAUGGAGCUAGAGUAACUGCAUUUGCCAAGAAUAAAGAGGUUGUGCACACUUACACUGGUCAUGGAGCAGACGUUCAUCUGUUGCUGCCAUUUGGGGAUCACGUGAUCUCGGUGGACCGGGACAACACUGUCAUCAUUUGGGAUGUUGACUCUGAAGAGGAAUACUUGCAGAUAACAUUUGACAAAGCAACAUUUGAAGUGUCUGCCAUAAUGCACCCAAGCACCUACCUCAACAAAAUCCUACUGGGCAGCAUCCAAGGAGGGCUUCAGCUGUGGAACAUCAAGUCAGACAAACUCUUAUACAGCUUCAAUGGAUGGGGUUCUGGUGUAACUGUACUGCAACAGACCCCGGCUGUGGAUGUGGUGGGUGUGGGAUUAACAUCCGGUCAGAUCGUCAUACACAAUAUAAAGUAUGAUGAGUCACUGAUGAAAUUCCAGCAAGAUUGGGGGCCUGUCACCGCUAUAUCCUUCCGAACAGAUGGACAUCCAGUUAUGGCUGCUGGCAGCCCUCUUGGUCACAUUGGACUGUGGGACCUUGAAGACAAGAAGCUGAUUGUUCAGAUGAGAGAUGCCCACAGCACAGCCAUUGCUGGCCUGUCUUUCCUACAUGCAGAGCCUCUACUCAUCACCAAUGGGGCUGACAAUGCCAUUCGGGUGUGGAUAUUUGAUGCUCCAGGCGGUGAUGGGCGCUUACUUCGGUGCCGAAUGGGACAUAGUGCCCCACCCACAAAAAUCCAACACCACGGACAGAACGGACAGCAUAUUCUCAGUGCGGGCCAAGAUGGUACACUGCAGUCUUUUUCCACUGUUCAUGAGAGGUUCAAUAAGAGUCUGGGGCAUGGUUCUAUAAACAAGAAGAAGUCCAAAAAGAAGGGCUUGAAGUACGAUGCAUUGAAACUUCCUGCUAUCACCACCUUUGCAUCAGAAACUGCCCGUCAGAGUGACUGGGAUGGCAUCAUUGCCUGUCACCGUGGUUAUGUCACGGCCACCACCUGGAACUAUCAGAAGACUUCCAUGGGGGCCCACAAGCUGGAGCCAGAACGAUUCGGAAAGAACCGUGCACUCAAUGUCCACGCCACGGCUGUGGAUAUCUCAUCGUGUGGGAAUUUUGUGGUGAUUGCACUCUCAUCUGGACACAUUGAUGUGUACAACAUGCAGUCUGGCUUCCACAGAGGUCACUAUGGUCUGGACAAAGCUCACGAUGGGCCAGUACGUGGCGUAGCUGUGGACGGGCUCAACCAGCUGACUAUUAGCGUUGGUGCAGACAAGCUGCUGAAGGUGUGGAAGUUUAAAUCCAAGGAGCUGGUUCACACAGCUGUGCUGAGCGCCUCCCCCGCAGCCAGCCUCUUACACCGGGACAGUGGUAUGCUGGCCAUCUCUUUGGAUGACUUUACAAUCAACAUCUUGGACAUGGAGACCAGGAGGGUUGUUCGAAAGUUCUGUGGUCAUCGGGGCCAGGUCAACGCCAUGACUUUCAGCCCUGAUGGUCGCUGGCUGAUAACUGCCGCUAUGGACUGUACCAUUAGGACUUGGGACCUCCCCACAGGCUGCCUGGUGGACUGCUUCUUGGUAGAUUCUUCGGUCAUCAGUGUCUCGAUGUCCCCCACAGGGGAUUUUCUCGCUUCUGCUCAUGUGGAUAGUCUGGGGAUAUACUUAUGGUCCAACAACACCCUGUGCUCCAUGGUCUCCCUCCGGCCCCUGCCUUCUGACUAUGAGCCCUCAGUGGUCACACUGCCAGGUUCCUGCCCUGUAGAAGACGAGGACGGUGAGGAGGAGGACACACCCAGUGAAGAGAUGAUCGAGUACGUAUCUCCAGAGCAGCUCGAUGAACGUUUGGUCACACUGUCUCUACUGCCCGACUCCAGAUGGAAGAACCUGCUCCACCUGGACAUCAUAAAGAAACGGAAUAAGCCGAAGGAGCCCCCCAAAGUGGCCAAGGCAGCCCCCUUUUUCAUCCCCACAGUGGCUGGUCUGGUCCCACAGUUUGCCGCAUCCGAGGGAAACAGUGCAGAAGACCAGUCUAAAGUGGUGAAUUUUGGAGUGCUGGCACAAAAAUCCAGUUUCUAUGUCAAGCUUGAGGAGGCUUGGAUCAGCAACAGCUACGCGUCCCCCGUGCAGCUACUGAAGGAGAUGGGGCCCUCGGCCAUCGACACAGAGCUGCGGGGCCUGGCCCCUGAUGUGGGCGGGCCUGUGGAAGUAAUGCAGAGCUUCCUGAGGAUGGUGGGCAGCAUGCUGGACUCUAAGCGGGACUUCGACCUGGCUCAGGCCUACCUGGCUCUCUUCCUCAAGCUGCACCUGCGGAUAAUCUCACAGGAACCAGAGCUGAUGGAAGAGGCACAGAAAGUGUCUGAGAAGCUAAAGGAAACAUGGACCAACAUGCAGACGCUGUUCAACCAGAGCUUGUGCUUGCUGGCGUACACAAAAAGUGCAUUGUUAUGAUAUAUUCUUGUUCAUGUACUGUGUUAAAAUCAAAUAAGUGCGCUAUGAUAAGCAGACCAGACCCCCAGAUUGUAUGGUUUUACAUUAUAUUUUUGUUUGUACACACAAAGCUAAUACUUUGAAUAAUGAACAAUUGUGGCCAGGCUGUGGUUGAUGACAUACUGCAUAUAUGGGAUUUUGGGAUUAAACUUUUCGAGAUUGUU